AUGCCCCUCCUCGCACAGCAGCUCAAACCGCGCACCCCGACCCGCAUCAUCCCUCAGGACCCCUCCACCUCGCUCAGCACCUCUGCACCAGCUGCAGCACCCACCGAGCCCAUUCCUUCACGCACACCGACCAAGCGCACCCGCCCUCGCUCACCCUCGCCCUCGCUGUCACCCGACCAACGCACCCGCUCUCCAUCACCUCCCCCUCGCGCACCGACUCGCCGCAUGUCUACCCCCUCGACACCCUCCAAGCCCAACCGCACUCCCUCGAAACGCACUCCCACAGUCGAGCCAGAAGAAACGCGCCGCUCGACGCGAUCAACGGGCAAGGCGGACCAUUUCCAGCCGCUUCAAGGCGCGCCCGUCACGCCUCGCUCGAACGGGAAGAGGGCGCGUCAGCCGGCUGUGAAAAAGCAGGUUGUGCGCAAGUUGGUGGACAGUAGCAGCGAGAGCGAGGAGGAUGAGGUCGUCGUCACACCGCGCGCGAAGAGGGGGAGGGCGGCUUCGACCAAGACGGCAGCGAAGAAGCCGACUCGUGCGCCGCCGAAGAAGCGCGUCAAAGUCGAGGACGAGGAGGACGAGCCUGCGCCCGAGCCGGAGAAGACGCGCGGGACAGCGCGCAAGACUCAGCGCCCUCCUUCUCCCGACCCGAACUCCUCAUCCGACGACGAGGAAGACGCAGCCUCCACCACCACCGCCGCCGAGAUCGAGUCCAUGCUCGUCUCGUCCCCACCGCCGCGCAAGCGCGCCACUCGCACAGUCGACCUCGACCUCCCUCCUUCGCCCGCAAAGACGCCUACAAAGCUUGUUCGGCAGACAUCGUCGUACGCGCCCAAGGUCCCUUCGCCGCUCAAGCCGCGUCCGAGGCGCGAGGCGAGCGAGUUUGACGUCGACGUCGAUGCGGCCGCCGAGGACAACGUCUUCACUUCUCCCUCACGCGCGUCCUCCCCCUCCUCCUCAACUCCCCGCAAAUCUACCACCUCCACACCCCUUACGACUCCCACCUCCCGGCGCUCCUCCAGCCUCACUCCCUCCCGCUCCUCCUCUCGAAUCCGCCAUCUCCCUCCUUCGUUGAAAGAGAUCGCGAACGCUCCUGCGAGUUUGAGGAAUCGGUUGGUUGGGUUCCAUAUGGAGGAUGAGGGGUAUGGGGUUGAUGUUCGUCAGGAGGAGGAGCAGGAGGAGAGUGGCAGUGAGGAGGAGGACGAGGAGGAGAGGAAGAGGAAGAGGAGGGAGAAGGGGAAGGAGAGGAUGGUUGAGGAGGCGGAUGGGGAGGAUCUUGAGAUGCGUGAUGAGGAGGACGAGGAGAUGGAGGUGGAGGAGAUGGAGAUCUCGCAGCCGGCUUUCGCGCCUUCGCGACUCGCGACUUCCGCCUCCGCCUCCACCGCUCUCAGCUCGACUUCCCACCCUCUCAUCCCAACCGUCCCAAACGCAGCUUACCUCUCCUCCCCACUCCGUACCCAAAUCCUCACCCUCCUCUCGACCCUCUCCGGCUCUCGCCUUCCCUUCCCCUUCCCCUCGCCCAACGCAUCCUCCAUCCUUUCGCUCCCCUACCUCGAAGGCGGCUACGACGAAUGGGAGCGACCGCUCCGCGCGUCGUUGGAGGAAUGUGUGUUGAAGGGGAUGGGGAACGCGGUGAUGCUGCUUGGUCCGAGGGGGGUGGGGAAGACGAUGCUAAUCAACCGCACCCUCGCCCUCCUCUCUUCCACCCACGGCUCCGACGCGUUCGUCACGGUCCGCCUGUCGGGACUUGUGCAUACGACGGAUAGGCUGGCGAUGAGGAGUAUUGCGGUUCAGUUGAGGGACCAGGGGUUCGGAGGAAUGGAUGUGGAGGGUGAGAUGGAGGGUGAUUACUCGAGCAACUCGGCAACGAUGUCCACCCUCCUCCGCCUCCUCGAACCCUCCUCCUCCACCACGUCCUCCUCCACCAACACGACCACGCAAAGCAAGCCCCUCAUCCUGAUCGUCGACGAAUUCGACCUCUUCGCCCAACACCCACGGCAGAGCUUCCUGUAUUGCUUGCUGGAUAUCGUCCAGGGGAAUCGGCGGAGGGGCGGAGUAGCGGUUGUGGGCGUCUCAUCGCGUGUUGACUGCCUCUCGCUCCUCGAGAAACGCGUCCGCUCGCGCUGCCAAUCGCACGUCCUCCAACUCAUUCCUCCUUCGUCCUUCUCCGCCUUUAUGGACCUCGCCAAGCGGCUCCUUCGUGCGGAUGAGCGCGUUUGGGAGGAGAAGACGGGCGAGGAGGGGAGGGAGUGGGCGGGGAAGUGGAAUGAGGAGGUCGAGCGCUUCUUGAAGAAGGAGAAGGUCGUCGACUACUUCACCCGCAUGUGGCAGAUCCACGGCAACGUCCCAACCGAGCUGCGCUCCUCCCUCUCCGAUCUCUUGUACCGCCUCGACUACCUCGGACGCUUGAACGGCUUGGCCGACUCGAACGGGGUCCCCCAACUUGGCGUCGAGAUGCUCAAGCCGCAGCCGAAGGGCGAGGAGAAGUCUCGCGACGCGGUGCUUAAGCACCUCUCGAUCCCGGAACUCACGGUCCUCAUCGCGUGCAAGCACCUCUCGACCUCGACGGUGGACCGCCACUCUGGUUUCAACUUUGAGCAAGUCUACGACGCGUACCUCUCGCACGCUCGCCGCGUCUCAGCCUCGACCGCCUCGGCACUCUCGAUGUCGACCAAGCCGCUCUCGAAGCCUGCGAUGCGCGUCGCGUUCGACUCGCUCAGGGAACACGAGCUCCUCUUGCCGCGCACGUCGUCUGGCAGCGCGGGCUCGUCCAGCGGAGGAGGAGGAGCGGCACCGACGUCGGGAUCAGGGAUGCCCGUCUCGGUCCCCUCGCUCGCCUACAAGUCGCCCACCGCGCGCGACCCGUGGAAGAUGUACAGGUUGACGGCCUGGGCGAAGGACGUUGAUCGUGAGGUUGAGGCGAGGGGAGGAGAGUGCCCGUUGGCGCUGAGGCGGUGGUGCAAGAACUGGUUGGAUUAA